AUGGCUUGGCUGCUCGGCAUCACCUGCAUCCUGGUCUGCUGCCCGGAGCUGCUGCAGGGCAAAGCUUCAGAGUAUCAGCUGGAGUCAGAGACCCUGAGCCAAUGUGAGCUGCUGAGGGGAGCGGCUGCUGCCAAGCAACAAAGUGUCAUCCCUCACUGUUCAGAGGAUGGCAGGUUCAGACCUGUGCAGUGUAGUGGGCGGGGUCAGGAGUGUUGGUGUGUUGAUGCUGAAGGUCAAGAGGUCGUCGGGACUCGAACCAACAGCUCUGCGCCUGACGUCGCUCGGUCCUGUGUGUUUGAGGCGGUGCAGUGCGCGUCCAGCAGGGGGCAGUGUUGGUGUGUGGAUCAGGACGGCAUGGAGCUGUACGGGACGCGACAGACCGGGAGACCUCAGCGCUGUCCUGGCAGCUGUGAGGUGAGGGGGAGGCGGCUCCUCCACGACUCCGGAUCUCCCUCCCCUCCUCAGUGUGCAGCCGACGGAGGCUUCCUCCCUGUUCAGUGUAAAUUCAUCAACAUGACGGACAGGACAGAGCUGGACCUGCUGCACGCCCUCAACAGGUACCCAGAAGCCUUUGAGACAUUCAGCAGUUUCAGGAAGUUGUUCCCGAUGGUUUCCUCGUACUGUUUCUGUUCAGACAGCAGAGGCCGAGAGCUGGAGAACACAGGUGUGGAGCUCCUCCUGUCGGAGGUGUACGACUCUGCGUUCGCUGGUCUUCGGUCCGGUCGCUCCUUCUCUCAGACCAACAUCUACAGAGUCCUGCAGAGGAGGAUGCUGGGAGUUCGCCUCGCCCUCACCGGACACUUCAGAUGUCCCUCUCCCUGUGAGGAGGAGCGGCGGGCAGCGAUGGCGGCGUCCAGUGUGUUUGUCCCGUCCUGUGAGAGCGGAGGCUCCUUCACCUCCACACAGUGUCAGCAGGGGGGGCAGUGCUGGUGUGUGGACCCCACAGGAAGAGAGCUUCCUGGGACACGACAGCACGGAGACGCCCUGGUCUGUGGUUCAGGUCUUGCUGACUGUCCCUCUCAGCGUCGUCUGGCUCUGUCCCGGUUCUUCUCUGGUCCUGUUGCUCCUCCUCUCUUUGAGGCCUCCUCUGGCAGACCUCCAGCCUCCUGUCUCUCCCUGCUCCGGCCUCUUAGAGAUCUCCUGCCGGCGGAGGCGGAUCUGACCUCCUUCCUGUCUCACCUGGUCGAAGUCCUCCAGGGCCUCUUCCCCUCUGUGGGAGGGGCCCUGCAGGGUCUGGCUCGCGCCUCCCCCCGUCGCCUCCAGGAGAACCUGUUCGGAGGGAAGUUUCUGAAGAACGCUGCGGCCUUCAACCUCAGCGGGGCGGUGGGACCUCGAGGAGCUCCGGGCCUGGAGCGGCUCUUCUCUCAGAGCGGCCUCCAGAAGAACCGGGACCUGGUCCAGACCAUCAGCAGAGCCCUGGAGGAUCCUGCCUUCCUCUCCGCCCUCCGACACACACUGACGGGGCUCAGCGGCUCCGCCUCAGUGCAACAGGUCCUGACUCCUCUGCUUCGUUCCUGCUCUGGUGAGGAAGAGGAGGAGGAUGCAGCGGCCAUCUUUGUUCCCAGCUGCACGUCCAACGGUGGUUUCCAGGAGGUUCAGUGUCAGGGCGGAGAGUGCUGGUGCGUCGACGCUCAGGGUCUGGAGGUCGCAGGGUCGCGGACCUUGGGUCGUCGGCCUCGCUGUCCGUCCCGCUGUGAGAGAACAAGAGCGACGGCGCUGAAGGUGAAAGGAAACAUGGCAGCUGGAGCUGAAAUCCACAUCCCAGCAUGCUCAGAGGACGGAGACUUCCUGCCGCUGCAGUGUGUCGGGUCACGCUGCUUCUGUGUGGACGCUGAGGGGAAAACAAUGACUGCAGGGCCAACAGGGGGCCCCGUCAGCUGUCCAGAGAGAAAAACUCAGAAGCUCCAGUCGUCUGCAGGUGGGUGCUCUCAGGUGUAUGCUGAGGUCACAGCGUUCAGAGAGGAGGUGAAGAGCAUCAUCACUCUCUCUAACUCCUCCCACCUGCCGCUGGGAUACGGAUUCCUAUUGGCUGAAGGUCUGCGUCUGACGCCCGAGGAGCUGCAAGUCAGCCAAUCAGAGGAGGAGAUGCAAAUUUCUGAUAGCCUGCUGAGCCGAUCCAGAGCUGCUCUGCGAUUGGCCGCUUACUCCACUGUCCAGAUGUUCCUGCCUCCUCGCCGUCGUUCCUACCAGCCGUUCACUCCUCAGUGUGAUGCUGACGGACGCUGGCUGCUCACUCAGUGUUACCACAGCACAGGUCAAUGUUGGUGCGUUGAUGAAGAUGGAGAAUACAUCACUGACUCACUGAGCAGCCGCUCACUCAGCCUGCCCAAAUGUCUGACUCGCUGUCAGAGAGCUCAGGCUCACUCUCUGCUCUCUGGUUGGAUGAAAGGCUCUGACGUCACCACAACCUCACCUUACCACCCGAAGUGUGAGGAGGAUGGUCGUUACUCUGUGCUGCAGACAGGAGGUGCUGCAGGCUGGUGUGUGAACCCUCUGACCGGAGAGACGUUACAGACGGCAACACCGAGCGCCGCCGGACAGCUGACAUGUCCCAGCUGGUGUGAGCUGCAGGGUCUCCAGUGUCGCCCCGACGGCUCCUUCAUCCCGUUGCAGUGUGAUGUCACUUCCUGUUGGUGUGUCUCUGUGGACGGACAGGAGGUGGGCGGGACCAGGACACUGCGACAGACGGGACGGACGCCAUCAUGUGAUCGUCCUCUCUGUCCAGACCCUGAUGUUACCCAUGGUGCACUGGUCUGCCGCCCGAUGGCCGAUGGUCGUCAGAGCUGUGAUCUCGUCUGUCACCGUGGUUACCACAACUCACUUCCUGUCAGCAGCUUCCUGUGUGAGACUGGGAGUCGGCGAUGGGACGGAGAAAACAAACCUCUGAGUGGAGCCUGUCAGACUCUGGUUGUUAUCGUCGUCCUGCUCUCAGAUCAGCAGUUUACAGUCUGUGUUGUUCAGCGCGAUGACCAGCAGGGGGCUCUGCUCCGUACAGGUAAACACACUGGACUACACCACACCCACCAAUACCACCUGACACUGCUGUGCUACACUGUGUCUCUCCCCGUGUCGGGCCGCUCCGUGUCGGUGUGUGACGACGCGUCGGUGCGUCUGCAGUGUGACGGUGACGAGUCACUGAAGUUAACAAUCAGAUGGAGCGCCGCCCUCUCUGACCUCCCGACCUCUGACCUCCCCGACCUCCAUGACAUCGGUCUGUUCCUGAACGAGUCCAGACUCCUAGAAGGAGUUCGGAACCUUCUGGGUAAUAUCCAGUCAACGCUCACAUCAGAGCCCAAACUGGUUUCUACGACGACACCAAGCUUUGGCUGUUCCCAUGGUUACCAGCUGGCCAGUGACAGUGAAGGUUGCGUUGUUUGUCCUGCUGGGACUUUCUCCAGGGAGGGGGCGUGUCUUCUGUGUCCUCUGGGAACCUAUCAGGAUGAAGAGGGGCGGGAUUUCUGCAACAAGUGUCCCAGAGGUUCCUCACCUGCUGGAGCGUCAUCUGUCAAUCAGUGUGUGACGGAGUGUCAGAGGCGGGGCCUGCGGUGUUCAGAACGUGGCGACUUCCUGUCAGCACAGCCUGACUUCCUGUCUGGCAGGUGGAGGUGUUUCAGCAGCGAGGGGGCGGAGCUUGAGUGGACCAUCAGCGACAAACCUCUGACUGACGAGGAGUGCUCAGCGUGCGCAGCGGAGCCGUCCUGCCACCAUGUGGCGCUGUUCAACACGCAGUGUGAACUGUACAGCACACACACACUGAACACACUCUGCAACACCUCCCAGCAGGCCGAGAUGUUUGAUUGGCUGAGCUGCUCUCUUAGAGUGAGGGGCGGAGCUUCAGAUAUGCUGGUCAUCAGGAAGAAAGGGGCGGAGUUUUCCUCGCAGCAGCAGCAGAGGUUUGUGAGGAUGACGAUGAGGAAGGUGAUCUCAGGUGUGUUCAGGACUCAGGUGUUCUCCGGACGGACCUCCCUGUCUGACGCUCAUCGUUUCUGUCAGGACGGCUGCAGCCGCGACACCUGCUGCAACGGAUUCAUCCUCAACCAGAACAGCCUGAACGGAGGUUCUCUGCUCUGUGGUUGGCUGAGAGCUCCGUCGGUCUUAAUGUGUGGUGACCAGGACUGGGACGUGAUUGGACAGGGAACAGCCAAUCGUAUCUGUGGGGCGGAGCUAACCUACAACAUGCAGCAGGGGACCUUCGUGUUGGACUUUGGAGGAGAGACGUUCACCAUAGCUGAUUCUGCUCUGCCCGCCGACAGUAAGAACAAGGACUACCAGGCCUCCAUCGUCAGCUUCCAGGCCGUCUACCUGAACUCUGACCCAGCAGUCGCUUCUGGUUCUUCAUCGUGUGCAGCAGCAGAAGUCAGUCCUCCUCUGGACGGGUCAGUGCAGCAGAAGUUUGAGUCUCUGUCAGAGGACGAUGUCCUCGUGGAUCCUCAGAGGAAUCUCUCCACACUUUCCUUCUGGCUCAACAAAAAGAACUACAACUCCCAGCAGGCACUGCUCUGGUGUCUCUCACGUUGUGACGAGGAGCAGCGCUGCUCUGUCGCCGACCUCAGAGACGCCGACUCACCAGGUUUCUUCAGCUGCUCCUUGUAUCCCGACAGCAGAGUUUGUGGAGCGUACGACAAACCACUGAGACGACCCUGCCGCCUCCUGCUGGACAGGACGCCCAACAACACCCACAGCAAGAAGGUGGAUCUGUCCGGACCAGUGAAGAGUUUCUACCAGAGAGUUUCCUUCCAGAAGAUGGUUUCUUACUCCGUCCGCAGCCGAGUCAGUCUGAGAGACAACGCACCGCUGUCUGAGGGGUUCAUGGAGUGUGAGCGGCGUUGUGAUGAGGAUCCUUGUUGCCGUGGUAUCGGCUUCGUCCAAGACACCAAAUCACCAGGUGGUUCAGACGUGGUGUGUCUGUCUCUGAUUAGUCUCGGGGUUCAGACCUGUGGUGAAGACGACACGACGACCUGGAGGACUCAGGACUGCAGACCAUCUGUAGUGAAGACCACACCAGACCCCUUCGGCUGGUACCAGAAACCUGUGAAUCAGUGGAGUUCUUCUCCUGCUCUGUGUCCUCCAUUCAACCUGCCACCAACCAGAGACAACGUGUCUCUGGAAGAGUGGCGUCUCCUCCCUAAAUCAUCAGUCCUGGUCGACCCGUCUGUCUCUACGUAUGAUGUCAUCCAUGUAAGCCGUGACAUCAGCACUGACCGGGACAAAACCAGGGACUGGUGUCUCCAUGCCUGCCAGGAGGCGGAGUCUUGUGUCGCCGUGUCACUCCGUGAGACGGAGUCCGCCACUCGCUGUGUCCUGUACCCUGACACCACAGCUUGUGGGCUAAGCUCCGCCCCCGGCUCCUCCAGACCCACCACCUCCUGCAGGCUGGUCAUCAGAGAGCCCGCCCCUCACGUGUACCUGAGGACAGAACAGUUGCUGCCGGUUACGACCGUCUCCAUCCCAGGUCAUGGGAUCCUGCAGGGUGUUGCCGUGGAAACAGCCCUGGGCUCAGAGCGGAGGACGGUCGUUCAGUUUCUGGGAGUCCCAUACUCCCGUCCACCAAUAGGAUCACUCCGUUUUGAAGAGGCUCAGCCAGCUGAUUGGACAGGAACCUUGGACGCCACCAAACCACGUCCCAGUUGUGUCCAGCCUGGAGACAUGGAGUCCUCGUCCUCCAGUGAGGACUGUCUCUACCUGAACGUCUUCGCUCCUGCUGCUGUGAGGGGGCGUGUCCCAGUCCUGGUCUUCUUCUUCAACCCGUCAGCCAAUCAGAAUCCAGGAUUGCUGGAUGGCUCCACCCUUGCUGCUGUGGGCAAUAUCGUCGUGGUAACAGCAAACUACCGGACCGCAGCCCUGGGAUUCCUGAGCACAGGUGAGUCUGGUCUCCGUGGUAACUACGGGCUGUCGGACCAGGAGGCGGUGCUUCACUGGGUUAACGCCCACAUCUCCCUGAUGGGCGGAGACAACACAAGAGUGACGGUGGGGGCGGAGCGUCGUGGUGCUGACAUCACCAGCCAUCACCUCCUCUCCUCGUCCUCGCCUCCUCUGUUCCAGCGCAUGAUGCUGAUGGGCGGUUCUGUGUUUUCUCCAUCACUGGUUCAGACUCCCUCCUCCUCCAGGCGUCAGGCGCUCGAUCUGGCUGAAGAACUGGGCUGUGUGACCUCUGACCUCGCGGCCUGCCUCAGAGCAACACCUGUUCAUGCUCUCAAUGCUGCUCAGACCAAGCUGUUGGCGUUCAGUGGUCCAUUCAGGUCCUGGUCUCCGGUCCGUCUGUCGGACUCCCUGUCCACCUUCUACAGAGUCGAUCUGCUGCUGGGAACAUCAGAGCAUGACGGGCUGAUCGGCCGAGCUCGCAGGAUAAAGGACUUUGAGGCUCUUCAGGGGCGAGCUGAUGGUAAAACAGCGUUUUAUGAGGCGCUGAGUCGCUCGCUGGGCGGAGAGAAAGGAAGUGACAUGCUGAAGGAGGCGGCGGCCUGGUUCUACUCUUUGGAUCACAGUACUUCACCUGCAGGAUACAACCUGUUCUCCAGAGCGCUCAACAACGCCACCAGAGAUCUGUUCAUCGUCUGUCCCACGCUGCAGAUGGCUAGCCACUGGGCUAACAGCAAAGCUAACGUCUUCCUGUAUCACCAGCCCGCCACAAGCGCUCACGACAGGGCCGAUGUGUUUGUUCCUUUGGAUGUUCAGCUUGUGUUCGGGACUCCUCAUCAUCCAAUCAGCUCUCAGCGUUUCACCUCCUCUGAUCGACGCCUCUCUCUGGCCGUGAUGACCUAUGUCUCCAGCUUCGUCAGGACAGGUAACCCGAACCUGUCCCGGGUGUGGGGGGAGUCAGUUUUGCCCCGCUGGCAGCCAGUCCAGUCCUCUGAGGCCCCGCCCAGCUACCUGCAGCUAAGCCCCGCCCUCGUCAAUCAGCAGGGUCUGAGUCAGAGAUCCUGCUCAUUCUGGAGCCACCUGGGACCCAGACUGAUGGGACUGACAGCUGAGUCGGGGGCGGAGCCUGUCCAACCUGCGCUGACCCCUGAGCUCCCAGUGGCCUCACCAUCCAGCCAAUCACAGGCAGAGAAAGACGCCUACAGUUAAACAAAUGACAUCACA